GCGGCUGGAGUGAAGUGAAGCGUUUGUGGGGGUUCACUUCCACACGUGUGCCAUACUUUGCGGUGGUGCCGCUCCCCUCCCUCACCCGCCAUGGCCGCCACGGCGCUCCACCUCCCGCCUCUCCUCCUCUCGCGCCGCCUCCGCCUCGGCCUCUCCUCCUCCUCCUCGCCCUCGCGCACCAGGAGGACCACCCGCCUCUCCGCUCAGCUCGACGACGACGACGCCGCCUCCACCUCCACCUCCACCUCAGAUAAGCCCUUCGCGCCGCCGGCCGGCUUCAAGCCGCCCGAGCCCAGGCGGUUCGAGGUCAAGCCCGGUCAGGCUGAUAACAUCUCCACCGCCUCCCUCGCCAUUCCCUUCCGCCUCGGCACCGGCGUGUUCGUCCUUGGAUACUCGGUAUCGCUUGUUUCUCCUGACGAGGUGGCACCAGAUGAAUAUGCUUUGGAUUUCCAAGGUCGGAAGGUUAAGGAAUCAUCAAAGAUAGGGCAGUGUCCUCGACCAGAAAAGCCUAUCGAGAUUUACGAGUUUGAAGGCUGCCCAUUCUGCCGAAAGGUCAGAGAGAUGGUAGCUGUCUUGGAUCUAGAUGUUUUGUUUUACCCCUGCCCUAAAAACGGCCCUACAUUCCGCCCAAAGGUUUUAGAAAUGGGUGGAAAGCAACAAUUUCCUUACAUGGUGGAUCCAAACACAGGGGUUGCCAUGUAUGAGUCUGAUGCCAUCGUAAAAUACUUGGCCGACAAAUAUGGUGAUGGGACUGUUCCAAUUAUGCUAUCACUUGGUAUAUUGACAACUAUAACAGCAGGGCUCGCACUGAGUGGACGUAGAGGGAAGGGUUCUACCUAUACUCCUGCAAAGCUCCCACCCCAGCCAAUAGAACUAUGGGCGUAUGAGGGAUCUCCUUUCUGUAAAAUAGUACGAGAGACCUUUGUUGAAUUAGAAUUGCCACACUUGCUACACAGCUGUGCACGAGGCAGCCCCAGGAGACAGGAAUUCCUUAAGAAAUAUGGUACUUUCCAGGCUCCUUAUAUCGAAGAUCCUAACACAGGGGUCAAGAUGUUCGAGAGCGCUGACAUCAUAGACUACCUGAGGGCAACAUAUGCGGCUUGAGAUUCCCUUUAACUUUUUCUCAUAUCUGAAUUGUCAAUAUGCAGUAUAUGCUACACUGAUAAUAUGGCAUAUCUCAAGUGUCCAUAUGCAUUGUACAUUCUCUCUAUUAUUUACAAGGAAUCCGCGAGCUCAUAAUGUAGUACAUGCAAAUACAAUUAUACAUAACUGUUCUGAAGUAUAAGAAUUUCUACACCCCGUUUUACAGUAACGAAUGAUGAGUUAAUGAGUGUCUUUGCACGCUGAAAUGAAGCUUCUU